AUGCUGUUCGCCGGUCGCAACCGGAAGUGUCGCCCGGGUCGCUCCCGGGUGUCACCCUUCCUCACCCUGACCCCUGAGGCCAUCCAGGCGGAGAUCAAGAGCUGGGUCAUCAACAAGGGGCUCGACGAGACUCCGCUCCACCGCGCCGCCCGACUGGGAUACUACGACAUCGGGCUGUACUGCCUGGAGACGAAGCUCCUCUCCUAUGGAGCAGAUCCACUGCUUGGGACAUAUUCGGGCCUGACUCCGGUGGCCUUGGCGAGGGAAUCGAGGAUCAUGCAGUCGCUCCUACAGGACCAUCUGGCUGACGUCCAGGGGAAACCCGCCCCUCCCUGGCAGUUUCCCUCCACUCUUGGAUCAGAAUCAGAGACGGGAUUCGAUGUCUUCUAUGCCGCAGACCUCCCUCCUGACUCUCCAGACCAGGAUGACCUGUCUUCUAUGUUCUUUGAGACCAGUGAGGUCCCUAUGAUCAACACCUACCAAAUCCUGGAGGAUGCAUGUCCAGAUCCCUUCGUCCUACUUUCUGACUUAUCGUCACGGCUGGGUCAGGUCAAGUCAUUAUUGGCUCGCCAUCCAGAUUGGGAAACGAGAGAGGUCCCACACGGGGAGUUCUUGCGGAGGACAUGGUGCAUCCAGUUGGGGAUGAGGACUCCAGUGGUCACUGGUGUGGUGACUGUUUACACCUACCAAAUCCUGGAGGAUGCAUGUCCAGAUCCCUUCGUCCUACUUUCUGACUUAUCGUCACGGCUGGGUCAGGAUCCCAAGUCAUUAUUGGCUCGCCAUCCAGACUGGGAAACGAGAGAGGUUCCACAUGGGGAGUUCUUGCGGCGGACAUGGUGGAUCCAGUUGGGGAUGAGGACUCCAGUGGUCACCGGUGUGGUGACUGUUGUGCGAUACGGUGAUUCCCUGAGGAAACUGCUUGGUGUCUAUGUGGUCAGUGUAUGA